AUGAUGAGCGGGGCCCGGAAGAGAGACCGCGGGGACAGGGGCGGCCCCUGCCGCGACCACGAGGACGAGCAGCAGCAGUACCAGCAGCCCCGGGUGCGGUACAGCGAACUUGCCCCCGAGGCGAAAUUACAGAAGCGCCGUCAGGAACGACAGGAAAAGAAGGAAAUGGAACGAACCCUGUCGUACUUCAAGUCGGUCCAGCGGGCAUUGGAGGAGCAGGCGUCUGGUGCGGGGGAUGCGAGUACGCUGGCAUCCAUCGUGGAUGGCUUCUUUGUGGAGCUUAUAAAACUUCUCAAGGCUGAUUCCACCCUGCACCUUUUGCGAAACGGCGUUGUCUGCCGCGUUAUUGAGUCCGCGUUGACAAACUCGCUCUUGCUGCACAGUAAGUCCCUCUUGUACGUUUUGCUGGGACACGUGUUCGACACGGUGACCUCCCCCACAGCAAGUUACAUGAUGGAGACGCUCAUUGCAAGCCUCGCCCAGGCGCUCAGCGCACUGGCGGACGCCGAGGCAGACUCGUUUGAGUCGGAGAUGACAGACGGCGGCCCAGGCGUUCACACCGGAAGUGGUGUACCGAGCGCCGCCACCCUCGUUACGUGCGUCGUCGAGGAACUGUCAGAGCGGCGGGGGAAAUCGUCCUACAUGACGUGGCUUCCCGCGCUGUGCGCUCCAUCGUGUUGGUGCUAG